AUGGUAAAGUUUAGCGAAGAAGAGGACCGGAAAUUAAUUCAGAUUGUUCAAACAAUGGGCACUAAUGAUUGGAAAAAAAUUGCUGCCCAUCUUAAGACAAGAAAUGCUCGGCAAUGCCGGGAGCGUUGGAAUAAUUACAUUAACCCGGAUUUAAAUGAAUCCGAAUGGACUGUUGACGAAGAUGAGCUACUAAUCAAAUUGCAAAAGGAGUACGGCACUGCUUGGAACAAAAUUGCCAAAUAUUUCGAUAAAAGAUCAGAUAAUGCUCUACGUAACAGAUGGAUGCGUCUGAAAAGGCUCCUCAAAAAUGGAUCCAAAGGCCAUCCACCAAGCAUUAAUCCUAAAAAGCACCAUUCUAGCGACACUGAGCAAUCUCCUCCACAAACCAAAGAAGUGAAAGAUAAUAUUGAAAAAAUUGUCAAUCUACUGCAGACUUCCAAUCCAGCAGAUCUUUUUGGCGAAGAAAAUCUCUUUGCCUGGUAA